AUGCAGAAAAUCCCGAACCGCUGUCGCAGCUUCCCGAUUGGUCUGGAAUCACCUACACGCGGCUUCAGCUACGUCCAGAGCCACAAUUACCGCCACGUGUCGAGCACCUAUUGGUGGAACGAGAAGGCCGCGUUGUGGAUGUGGUGGCUGAAUCACUCGACCUUCCAACAGCAUACUUACCUCCGAGUUCAUGUGCAUCCUAAACGAUUCCCAAUGUGCUACAGCUUUGACUGGCGAAAGUCAGUGAUUGUUAACGAGGAUGAUUAUGUGGUAAUUGAUAAGCCAUACAACGUUCCUGUGGGCGGCACAGUGGACAACCUGCUGGAGUGUUGCGCCUACUUUGGAGGGCAGGCCGUGGGGCUCGAUCGCCCGCUGCAGCUCACCCACCAGCUCGACCUCUGCACGCAAGGCUGUGUGGUGAUGGCCAAGAACCGUCAGUUCGCCAGCCAGUUCAACCAGCUGCUUCAGGGUCGCAAGGUUCGCAAGCUGUACAAGGCCCUGACCGCCUCUGCUCCUGCUCCGGGCAGGCACAUACAUUUCAUGCUGCCCGACCCGUACUCCCCGAAGAUUUUGACACGAGAAGCCAUGCCAGGCUGGCAGCCCUGCGAGCUUGUGAUUCGUCGAGUGGAAGAGGUGGCAUGGCCUGCUGAUUCUGCGCUGGCUGCUGCUGACGUGGACUGCUCCUAUUGGCCAGCUGCUGACGUGGCAUACGAGUGCCUAGUGGAGCUUAUCACAGGGAGAACACACCAGCUUCGAGCACAGUUUGCAGCGCUGGGCACGCCGCUCAUCGGUGACACCAUGUACGGGCCGGCCCAAGCCCAGCAGGCCGCACCUAUGGUCCUCAAAGCAACCAUCUCCCAUGGCCGUGGUUCUGCUGAUGCGAGGGGGAGUGGAGUUGGGGAUCACUCAUAUGAUGGCAGAGAGAGGAGAAAGGCACUGGUGGAUGCAGAGGUGCUAUCGCAGGCCAAGCACCUGUUUGGGCCGGCUCCAGAAGCAGCUAUUGGCUUGCAGGCGUUUUCUGUGAGAUGGGAGGAGCAGGUGGAAGAAAACAAGGGGCGGGUGAGAACUGUUUAUAAGGAGUAUGAGGCUGGUAAACCGUGGUGGGGAGAGGGUUGA